AUGCAGCCGCCGCCCGGCGUGCUGUCGCAGCGCUUCGAGAACCUCGCCAUCGGGCAGGGCCAGGACGCGCCUCGCGCGCCGCAGGGCCCGCAGGAGUGGCCGGCGGGGGGGGGUCCGCCGCCGCCGCACGGCGCACCCGCCUGGGGCGUCCUGCCGCCGGGAUCGGCGCCGCCCGGGCCGCCAGGAGCGCCGCCCGUGCCCUUCCCGGGCACGCUCGCUGCCGGGUUCGGCCCUGCACCGUGGUCGGUGCCGCGGGGCGGCGCCAUGCCUGGCUGGGGCGGAGGUCACGGGGUCCUCGCGGGGGGGGUAUUGGCCGGAGGUGACGGCGGGCCGCCGCCGGUGGGCGCGGCGCCCUGGAUGGGCAACGGCGCGCCGCCCGCGGGCGGGCCGCCGCCGGGCGUCGCGGUCUCGGUGCCCCCCGGCGCGCCCCCGACAACGGCACCCCCCCCGGGGGGUUACGAGCUGUUCGGGGCGUCGGACGCGACGGCGUUCUCGCUGCUGCCGCAAGACUUCGCGGGCUGGUCCUAG